AUGCGCCGGUCAACCUACACCCUCCCCGGCCUCGGGAUCUCAGUCUGCAUCUUUGCCUUAAUCAUUGCUGCAUGGCAUCUAUUAUUCGCUGGUGACAAAUGGCGCAGUAUACCCCAAAAAGUGGGAUUGGGAGAUGUCAUUCAUUCUCCAGGCCCAUCAUCAUAUAUGCCCAAUGGGUCUCCGCCGCCAUUCAAUAUCAGCGCGUUUAUACCUGGUAUUCCCAAAAAGCAGGGAGCAUAUUAUUCCAAGGCUUUGGUAAUAGCUAAAACAAAGAAGGAAGACACUGCAUGGACCGAAUCGAAACUCGAGGGUUCUGAUUGGGAUGUUUCCAUAUAUGUGGUCGAUGAUCCCACUGCACCUUUACAUCCACCGAAAAACAAAGGACAUGAAGCAAUGGUCUAUUUGACUUAUAUCAUCGAUAACUACGACAACUUGCCGGAUAUAAUGGCAUUCAUGCACGCCCACCAAUUCGCAUGGCACAACGAAGAAAUCUUUGAACUCGACGCAGUCGAGAUGUUGCGUCGUCUAAGCCUGGAACGCGUAACUCGCGAAGGAUACAUGAACAUGCGCUGCCACUGGUCCCCCGGUUGCCCCGAUCACCUCAGACCAGGUGUCAUUGACGAGGACAUCGGCAAAAAGGAAGAAAGACUCAUCGCCAAAGCCUGGAGUGAGAUUUUCCCCGGCAUGGACAUCCCGCAGGUCCUUUCGCAGCCGUGUUGUGCGCAGUUCGUGCUGUCCAGGGAACGGGUUCGCACGAUCCCGAGGGGGAGGUUUGUGCAUUAUCGGCAGUGGUUGAUUAAUACUGAUAUGCGGGACACGAUGUCCGGCAGGGUGUGGGAGUAUAUUUGGCAUUUGGUAUUUACGGGACAGGAGGUUUCGUGUCCGUCGCAGAAUGCUUGUCUAUGUGAUGGGUAUGGUGUUUGUUUUGGUGGGGAUGAAGAAGUGAAUUAUUAUUAUCGGACGCUGUGGAGGAUCCGGGACGCCAAUGAUGAGCUUAAGAAGUGGCAGGAAAUGGACGGGACGUUGGAUGAAGAUGCUCGUAUGAGAUUAAGUUUGGAUGAGAUGGCGGAUGCCGAGCCGUCGGAGGAUGAUAGUCAGGGGAUACUGUUGAUGGCUGAGGUUGAGGAGAAGACUUCUGAGUUGGCAAGGUUGAAAAAGGAGGCGUUGAAAAAAGGUGCAGACCCGGUUUAUAGGGCUUGGGCUGCUGGACGUCAGUAUAAGGCUGGCGAUGGAUAUUGA